GUUGUCUUGCCCCAGGACUGAGAUCGAAGGUCCCAUUACCGUCCGGGGACAGUUUCAGAAGGCCUCUUUCUGUGAGCCCUUUUUUUCCAGGCCCAGUAGUGUCGGCCGUUGCGGGUCCAGGGUCCUUGUCCAGAUUCAGUUCUCUGGCCAGCUAUGCCUAAGAAAGGGAAAAAAGCCAAGACGCCCCUGUCCGAUGAGGAGCAGUUGCUUCUGUCUCAGCAGAAGUUGCUCGAAGAGGAGGAGAUGGCCAAGAAGAAGGAGAAGCUCCUGAGCCAGUUCCUGAAGGACAAGUUGGCCAAAGAGGAGCACAACAGUGCUCUGAACCUUAAUAAGAUUAACACACAGUGGAGAACUGUUCUUCGAGAAGUUAAGACCAGAGAGCUUCAUAAGGACAUUGAGAUCCUCAGCCAAACAUUUGAACGAGUGGUGGACUGCAAGGACAGUGUCAUCAAGUCUUUAGCUAAGGACCUGUCAGAAGCCGAGGAGCAGUACGCCCAUGCCCUGCGCAGCCACUUGCACAACAUUGACCAGCUGUUGGCCCUGCAGAGAUGCCGGCUCAGCCUCUUAGAGGAAAAUUAUAACAUGGAACUGGAGACCCUAACCAAGGAAUUUGAGACAGAAAGGAAGACAAUUAUUGACCAACAUGAAAAAGAGAUUCACUACCUACAGGACGUCUUCAUGGCCAUGGAGCAGAGCUAUAUAGAGUCUGAGUAUGAGAGCAAGCUGGAGUUCCAGAGCAUGUGGGAUGAUCUCAAAAACAAGAAUUUAGAAGAGAAGCACUUUCUAAGACUGCACCUGGAGAAUGUAGUAGAAGAUCUAUGGAGGAGGUUCCAGGAUGCACUCAAGAAUUACACUGAUGCCACAGAGGAUCAAAAGAUUGCCUUCGAGACCCUGAAGGUAAAGGAUGAGAAGAGUUCCAAAGAGAUUGAAGCACAGAUGAAAAAAAUACAGAGACUACAGGAUUCUGUAAUUAUUUUAAAAGGCAAGAUCAUGGCGCACAGCCGUGAAAGUGAAGAACAGAACCAGUGCAUUCGUGAGGACAAGGAGUUGGUCCUUGUACAACUACGAAAACUUAAGGCCCAAAGGACUCAGGCACGGGGAAUAGCACAGGAGAACUUAGUCAAUCUCACUGUGGAGAGUAAUGCCACCCUCAAAGCCCUGAAGAAGACUGUUGAUAAGGGUGAAAAGAUUCUUAAACUUGCUGAAAUAUGUCGGAAAUUUGAAACAGAAGAAGAAAAAGUGCUGCCCUUUUAUUCCUCAACACUGACUCCUGAGGAGCAGAAGGAGACAGAGGAAAUGAGCUCAGAGAGGGUUACAGAGGAGCUGGCAAAGGUGAUAGCAGACUACAGAGGGAUGGACAAUUUCUGGAAAAGAUACAACAAAGUGAAACUGGAGCAACUGAGCCUCCAACACAGACAUACCCAAUUGUUAGAUAUCAACAGGAAGCUGCGGGAGAUGCUCAAGCAGUACUUGGACGGCAUCUCAGUGAGUGAUGAAGUGCUGAGCCAGCUCAACCCACUCUUCAUUAUCAACCACCGAAGCAAUUUACCCCAGCCGUUGUCCACACCUACAACCCAGCCAGGCGACAAAAAGUCUCCAACCACUUACAACGUCAUUGAAGCAGCCCAUGUGAUCUCCCACAUCCUGUGAUACAAGGAGAAAAUUUCUUUUCAAUCUCCAGAGAAUUUUUUGAGAUACCUAAGAACUUUGCUAUUAAAAA